AUGAUGGUAGCUCUUUAAUUUCUGGAAUAUAUUCUACUGAGUAUGAAUUUUCUAAAUUACUUUUAAUAUUUUCGUUCUUUGAUUUGACAUUAACUAGCAAAGCAACUACUAAGAUUAUGCGCCAAUUUGAUAAUUAUGAAGAAAUUGAUAAUGCAGAAUUAUAUGAUAUUGAUGAAAAUCUCUUUAAAGAAUAUAUAUCGCAAAAGGGACCUAUAACACCCCAACAUGCACCAAAAAGUAAAAAGUCCUAUCCCAAAUUGAUGCUAGCUAUAUCAAAUAAAGUUGAAUAUAUGAAUCAAGAAGUUAUAUUUGUAGCAAUUUCUUGUGUAACAGAAUUCGAUAUGUUAGUUAAGGCAGAAUCAAAUGAGUUAAAUAAUAAAUUAGAACCUGUUACAAUUCAAGUUGAUGAUAAUUUAUCAAAAAUUAGUUUUAAACAAGACAACAAUCUUUUAAAUGGAAAAACCGUCAUUUAUAAAAUGAUUUUAGGUUCCACUGAAAAGGAUAAAGUAUUUAUUAAUGUUAAUAACGGGAAAGUUGAUGAAUUUAAGGUAGAAAAAAUUGGCGGGGUUGUUUCUUUUGUUCAUGAUAAGACUUCGUCUGAAAAAAGGACGAAGACGGAUUGCUUUAUAUUUAACGCUGAUGGAAUACAUGGAAUACAUGGACUUAGAUUUAAUGAUAAAUCUUCAGACAACUUGGAGCAUUUUAAUUAUCCAAGAAGGCUUACAAUUGAAUUAAAUACUUUAUAUAAAACCAUAUCUUGCAUAUCACGAAUUAAAAAUUCCGUUUUUGAUCAUUAUUUUCAUAUUGAACAAAUAUAG